AAGUCAUCUACCCACAAUUCCUUGCCGCCUUCCGGUUCCAACCAUUCGAGACCUAAGAUGGCGGACCGGCGGCGAAGGAGGAGGCGCGCGUCCCAGGACAGCGAGGACGACGACGAGUCCGGUUCGGGUUCGGACAGCGGGAGGUCCGGGUCUCCGGGGACCAAGAGCCGAGGGAGAGAUCCCGACCCGCCGGAGCCGACAGUGACCCGGGUCGAGGCGAAGAGCGAAGUGCAGUCCGAGUGUGAGAGUGAAGAUGGGGUCGGAGAAGCUGUCCUCUCCGACUACGACAGUGCGGAUCCCGAGGAGAACGGCUCCCACUCAGAGGGCGUGGAGGAGGAAGAGGAGGCACAGCAUUACAGCGACGAAGAAGCUCCAGCGGCAACUGGCGAGCCCAAACCCUCUGCUGCCGACGGCCCGACAAAGGAGAAGAAGCCGCAAGAGGGUGAAGAGGAGGAGGAGGAAGAGGAGGCAGAGGGGGAAGGAGGAGGACAGAUUAAAGAGGAGAGCAAGGCCGAGGAGAAAGGAAACCUAGCCGGAGAGAGACAGAGCGGCGACGGACAGGAGUCUACAGAUGACCCUGAAACGAAGGUCGGGGGGAAACCUGGUCAGAAGCUUGACGAUGACGAGGACAGGAAGAACCCGGCCUACAUCCCGAGGAAGGGUCUGUUCUUCGAGCACGACGUCAGAGGACACACUCAGGAGGAGGAGAGACCUAAAGGUCGAAACAGGAAGUUGUGGAAGGACGAGGGUCGCUGGGAGCACGACAGGUUCAGGGAAGAGGAGCAGGCGCCGAAGAGCCGCGAGGAGCUCAUCGCCAUCUACGGCUACGACAUCCGGAACGGCGGCGGCUCCGGAGACCGAUCGUACCGGCAGCGCAGGCCCAGACAAAGUACGUCUCCCAGCAGAGACAAGCGGUGGAGAGAGGGAGGAGGAGAGCGACCGGUCCGAUCUUGGCACAAUGGAGGAGGAGGAGGAGGAGGAGGCGGUCUGAACCGAGGAGGAGCUCCUCCACCUUCAUCCAUCCACCCCUCCUCUACAUCCCCCUCGUCUCUCCCUCUCUCCUCCGCUCAGCGUAGCGGCAAUUCCUCCAGACCACCUCCCUCCCGCAGCAGACCAUCCCACCAGAAUCAAAUGCACCUCCCGCCUCAGUCCCACUACAGGAAUAAUGAAUCAAACGCACCCCAGAUGCAUCCCAGAGAGCGACAGGGCCCUAAAGCUCAGUCUGACCCCACAGGAGAUAGGGGUGUGGGCAGCAGAGGGGGGCGGGGUGGUGGUGGUGGUGGUGGAAGGGGGGGUCCCUCUGUGGUCAUUGAGGACAUCACAGUCAGCCAAGGAGGCGUUAGGGAACAGGACCUAAGUGUUGCGACGGCGGCGGCGGCACAGCCGGGUGGUUACAAGUCUGCAUCUCCAAGGCGACAGCAGCAGGAACAGCGAGGAAGUGCCGACAGAUCCGCGCCGGGGUUGGCUGCUUCCUCCUCCACCUCUGACCCCUCCCUACAGUCAUCCGCUGCAGCGACCAAUCGUGAAGUCUCUCCUCCCACCGAGCGGCCGGUGGAGCGCAAAUCUUACUCGCUGGCUCGCAGGACUCGCUCCCGGCCAGCAGAGCUGGGCAGCAAACAGCCGUCCGUGGAGGAGUCUGCAGCUGGAGGGAAUGCCUCCUCCCCCGGCAGCGUGGGAGGGAAGAGCUGGGCGGGAGCAGGCGACGGCCCGAGUCAGGCGGGUGGAGGAGGUGGUGGAGGAGGAGGAGGGCUGGCGGAGCUAGACCAGGACGUGGCUCGACUCAGUUUGGCGGGACAGAGCUGGAGCCAGAGUCCGACGUCCUACAUCCGGUCUGAGAUGAGAGGCCUCCCCAGCCCCAACCCCAUCCACAUCCCCGGCGGCCCGCCUCAGUUCUCCGGCAUGGACGAGAUCGGCGUCGGCUCCAAUCGGGCCAAACGCUACUCCUCCCAGCGGCAGAGAGCCGUACCGGAGCCGACGCCGCCCAUGCACCUGGGAGUGAUGGAGGGACACUACUACGAGCCCAUGUCGUACCAGGGACCAAUCUAUGCCCACGGGGACGGCCCCGCCCCCAUCCCGCCGCAAGGCAUGCUGGUCCAGCCCGAGAUGCACAUCCCCCACCCGGGUCUCCAUCCCCACCAAUCAGGCGGCCCGAUCGCUAAUCCCGCCCUCUACGGAGGCCCACCCGUGUCUCUGUCGCCAGGGCAACCACAGCAGCUGCUGCCACCGCCUUUCUACCCUCCGCCAGGGGUCAUGACCUUCCCCUACCCCGCCAUGUACCCGACUCCACAGGGUCAGGCCCAGGUGACCUACGGAGGUGUGACCUACUACGACACGAUGCAGCAGCAGGCUCAGCCCAAACCGUCGCCCCCCCGCCGCACGUCCCAGCCCGUCACCGUCAAGCCCCCCCCUCCGGAGGUGCACUUCGCCUCAGAGUGACCCCGCCCCUCGCCCCUCCCCCCCAACCCAGUCUCAGCCUCACUCCGAUCUGAAAACUACAGGAGCGGGUGGGAGGGUCAGUGAGGAGCUGCAGUCCCCAACAGCAACCACCAACGUUAUCCAGGAAGGCAGGGGCGGGCGGACGGACGGGCGGGCGGGCGGACGGGCGGAGGCGAAGGCGGACUCUGCAGGUGACCCACAGCAUCACUGGAGGAAUAUGACUCUUUCCCCUUUUUGCCCCCUCCUCUUUGUUUUUUAACCCCGUAGCAGUCGGGCGGGUCAGCUGUGUUGGCGACGCGUCGCAGUCGGACUGUUCUGUAACGCUGCGGUCGCAGGUUUGAUCCCACCAACUUGUCUUCGAGCAACAAAGCUGAACCCGGACACGUCUGCCCGUCGGACUGACGAGGGCGAACCCUUUAGAGCCACUUUGAAGCAUUUAACGUCACGUGGAGUCGAACUCUGAGCCGUCGGCGCUGCCAGCGAUGUGCGGGAAUGAAACAUCGGGAAAGUCUUGUUUUAGGUUUUUGUGUUUUUUCCUUUUCACGGUGAAGCUUUCUGUUGAAACGGGAGUCGGACUGAAUCCUGAAAACAGCCGUUUACAGGCAAUAUGAACGGUUUCUCUGUGGAACGUACUGACACUUUCAGUUAUCAGCUUAUCAGUUCACUUCACACUGUGCGUCAGCUAUUGUUCUUUUCUUAUAGGAAACAGGAGGUUAAUGUGUCAUUUCCCGCCAUCCAUCGCAGGAACACUAUUACUACAAAAUGUUUAAAAGAUAAAAUAGAAGCAAACUAAAACAGAGUUUAUUGUUAGUUUGAAGGAUGUUUGUGAGAAUCGGUUGUGUAUAUAGUUUGAAUGCAGCUCUCAGUGUCUUGUUCCUACGUUCAUCGCCGACCGGGUGCUUCCUGAAAACCUCCAGAUGUUGCUGUGAUGUUACAGCUGGUGGGAGAUCGUUAGACUCCGCACAGACAGACAGACAGUUCGUACACUUGAAGAUCUUUGCCUGCUUUUCUGUUUUGUUUGUUUCUUUGACUCCUAAUACAUGAGCUCUGUGUUCGUUACUAUAACUGACUUUCAGAUGGGAAACCUAGAUUCAGAAGUCUGUACUGCUGCACGUCCUGGACCAGAGGCUGCAACUAAUAAUAAAUAGUUUAGUCAAUAAAAUGUCAGAAACCAGUUUCUCAGAGUCGAAGGUGACGUCUUUUUAAACGUUUUUAUUUUGUCCAAAACCCCAAAAGUAUUCAGUUUAUAUAUAUAUAUAUUUUCCAGUUCACUUUCUUUUGAUGUAGUUGAAACUCUAAUCGCACCUUGUUGGCGUUUUAACUCGCCAACAGUCGUGAGCACAGAAAAGAAACUGCUGUCAUUUCUCUUCCAGUGAGAGAAAUAAAACGCAGACUUUUAUAUCUGGAGAUCGGCUAAUGUAGCGGCGACCAUCUACGUUACUUAGCGUAAAAUGAUCCGUUUGCGCACGUUUUUAAUAAUUUUUACGACGUCAUGCGAAAACAGAUAUUCCAGCCCGACUGUGGACAGUGGUUUCUUUUUUCCUUGUUAAUGUAGAUGGUGAGUGCUGCCAUGGCAACAGACCAUCCAAUCACACUGCCUUUGAUAACACCAGUGUGACAGACGCGAUACAACCGUUGUCGAACCACCCGUGGCGAUUAAAUCGACUUUAACGUGGAAAAUCAGCGGAACGCCCCCCUUUUUUUUUUUUUUAAACUCAGUUAAUCUGCUCGUCUGAACGCACACGUUUAUUUUCUGACAGCAGCUUUUUCAUUUCCUUCCUGGUGAGCAGAAAGUGAAAUUUACGAAUCCGAGUUGCACAAAAGUCCGUCGUCCGUCUGAGAGGAGCUGCUGCCGCCGGGCGGAGGCGUUUAUCGUUGCUGUAUAUAGAAAUCUAAAUGUGUAUAUAGAAGCUUGAACAGGUAAAAUAGAGCAGUAAACAUAUUCUAAUAAUACUACUAGUCAGCUUCUGAUUCAAAAGGCAUCGGCAGGGACCUCGAAUGUUAACGCUGGAUAUAAUUUAGAGAAGUGGCGACGACGAAGGAGCUGUGUGGCUUUAGCUUUGAUUUGUUUUGUACUUUUUUCCUUUUUGAAAUGUCACUGUUUGAUUUUAAUACUGUUGUUUUUGUUUUGUUUUUUUUAAUUAUAAGUAAAUGCAGGAGUGAAAUGACGACCCCCUGCUGAUUUCUUUGUUUUCACGUGUUAACACCCUUAAAAGCACACACCGAGGAAACCGCUCUGUGAAGCUGAAGUUAUUAACUCCAUCGUUUGCUUGUCCUGCGGCAAAAACACAUUUUCAGAGUCGAAGGUAACCAGAAAUGCUUGUUAAAAGUGCAUUUUCGCUCCGUUUCUCCUCCUCUUCCCGCUGUUUAUAUUAUGUUAAGAAUGAAUGAGUGAAGUCGUGCAGGUUACGUUUCAGUCCUGUUUAAAGUUAUUUGCAGAAACGGGUAAAUAUGGAAGGUCAUUUCUGCCAGAAAAACCUACAGGGGCCACCUGAGGCAAAGUGACCGUGAAUCGAUCUUCCAGACAGAAGACCUCUCACUCUGUUGGAGUUGUUUGAACUACGGAAACUCGCCGAACUAACGUUGAUUAGCAGCCGAACUAAGUGGGAUCCGAUUUUGAUCGGCUUUCUUUCGGCCGAUACCGAUCCGUUUAAAAUAUUCCCGAUCGAUCGGCCCUGAUACCGAUCCUUAAGAUCAACCCGACCUCUCUAAUAUUUGUCAUUCCUAACUCUUCAUGUAUAAUUAAACUUUUUCUGGCAGAAAACGGGCUUCCACGGGUGAACGACGGAGCGGCGGACGGCGCUCGAUGAACUCUGAGCUCAGCGGCGACGACGUUUGUUUUAUUUCCUUCAGACUUCGCGUUGGUCCACGCUGACCGGACUUCACCGCACCUGCGAAGUCUCUUCUGCAGUCCGGCUGGAUGAAUGUGGCUUCAGGCUUUAUUUUCAACAGUAUUAACGUCGGGGCUCUGCUUCGUUACGGCGAGAACGGCUUUCAUUUUAACAUUUACUAAAAGGUGAGGUGAAAACUUCCUGAGCAGAAGUCAGCUUUUUGUUUCCACAAAUCUCGUUGCUUUUCUUCUUUCACGUGAGAUGAAAGCUUGAAGAUGGCGGCGUCUUGGAGGACGGGGGCGCGGCGUGGCGCGGCGGUCCAGCCGGCCUUAGUGCCGCUUCAGCUCACUUCACGCUUUCAUUUCAGCUCAUUUGUUAUCCGUUGCUUUCAGUUAUAAAUCUUACUGGCGUCGGUGGUAGGAGGUUUAGAAUAUUAAUCGUUUGGGUCUAACUUUCUUCUUCAUGUGUUGAAAUGUUAAUACUUUGUUUUUUUAAUAAAAUCACCUGAGCCUGAGUGAAGGUGAGCCGAGCGGUUUGAUGCCACACCUGAACCUGAGCCGACCAGACUGUCCACUGUGGCGGCAGUUUGUUCGUCUCAGUGUCACGGUGAUGAAGACGAUGAUGAAGAAGAUAACUGCAUCAGUGGGUUUGUUUGUUGUUUGUGUGUUUGAGAGCGUCUCCACUCAGAGGAUCAAUAAAGAACAUCGUCAUAACAAAA